GUUUUUACACUGAUCUCUCUCUCUCUCUCUUUAUAAAAAAACCUCCGGCUAUUGGGGUUUUUGGUUUCGUAGAUUCGUUUCGCUUCAUUUUUGUCUCGUUUUCAAACAGUAAUUUCCUUUUUCUUUCAUUGUUAUUUUUCUUGGAAUUUUUGAAGUGUUUAAUCCAAAAAAAUGGCGUUAGUUUCAUUCGUCGGGAGGGUUCUUUUCGCUUCAGUGUUCAUCCUCUCUGCUUGGCAAGAGUUCAAUGAAUUUGGUGUUGAUGGAGGGCCUGCAGCUAAGGCACUCAAACCAAAAUUCAAUGUCUUCUCAAAGACUGUGACAGCUCAUACAGGGGUGGAAGUGCCAGGAUUUGAUAUUAAGGUUCUAGUUGCUGCUGCUGUAGCCUUCAAGGGUGUUGGGGGUAUCCUUUUUAUCUUUGGCAGCACUAUCGGUGCUUAUCUUCUGGCUCUGCAACAGGUCAUUAUUACUCCUAUAUUGUACGACUUCUACAACUAUGACACGGAAAAGAAAGAAUUUGGCCUACUUUUUUCAAAGUUCUCACAAAACUUGGCAUUGCUGGGGGCAUUACUCUUCUUCAUCGGCAUGAAGAACUCAAUCCCCAGGAGACAACUCAAGAAAAAGGCUCCUAAAACCAAAACAGUUUGAAGGAGGAACAUCUGGUAAACCAAGGGUCUAUUGUUCAAUCUCUACGUUUUCCUUGUAUCAAGGCUUUGUUCUUCAAUAUUAGGGGGGGGAAAAGGGCAUACUACUUUCAUUUUGAUACUGUUAACUACUAAGUUGAUGUUGAUUUAAUUGAGUUUGAGAGAAUUUUAUCAUUUUGAUUUUAAUUUUAAUGUUUUAUUUUAAUUUA